GUAAAUUUGUUUUUCAGUUUGAAAUUCAAAAUUAAAUGUAAAGCGCAUUAGGGUUUCGCCUCACAGUGCAUCGAACUCCAUCUCCAUUUCAACUCUUCUUCCAUCAGAAUUUCAGCUAGUUUCCCUCCUUCAUAACUCGCAAGUAUUUAAGAUUUUCAUGGUUGAAUAGUUGCGUUUUUACUUAGCUUUUUUUUGAGAUGGAAUUUGAAUGGGAAUCAGUUAUGUAUCGUUUUUUUGUAAGAGUUUAGUUGCGCCGUUGCUGGAGUCGCAGGUUUCUGAAACAGAGCAGAGAAUGCAACAAUUUUGUAUAUUGAUUGGCAUUUGCUGUAAUCAAGGAUGGUUUCUGCUUAUUUGUCUCUAUAAGUUGGCACAAUUGAUGUUGGAUAUUGUAGUUUGGGUGUUAUCUUUCCUUUUCUUAGCUCUUGUAACAAUGUCGUGCUAAAAAAUUAUGCUGCCAGAAGCAGGAUUAGUGUGAGGAAUGAUGUAUAUAAGCUAAGUUUAUUAUGUUGGAGAAAGGGUGUUAUGCUUACUUUAAAGGCUUUUCACUGCCAUCUUUCUCAUGAAUAUCCCUUUCUUGUUAUCUCAAUUGUUAUACGUACAUUGGGCUCGUUUAGUUUUAGUGGCAAUUUUUGUACAAAUUGAGAACCGUUUACUUGUUUUUGUUCCAGAGUUAUUCCUGAGAAGCAUUAUCAAACACUGAACCUGAUGUGGAAGGUGGUGUGAAGUGUGAACGUAAACCCGUUUGAUUACUGGUUUAGUUCGGUGCAGGGAUGCAUGGUCGAGGGAAUUACAAUAUUCAGGUCGGCCAGGAUCCUUAUGCACGACCGCCUGCAUUUCAGCAACACCCCGCAACCACUGCUCCUCCUACAUCCCAUUAUGGCUCAAUCCCUUCACAAUCCCAAGUUACUCAACACAGCCACCCCUCUUUUUAUCCAAGACCUGGUGCUGUUGCAUAUCAGCAUGUCAUGACGAAUGUUCAACACCACGGUCGACCUGCACCAGUUAUGUCAGGUGGAAUGAGUUCUGGUCAAUCUUAUGCACAUCAUCCAAGACCUCCGCAGAUAAGCAACCAAAUCUCUCAUCCCUACUCAACAAUUGAGCAACGGCCUUUACCCUGGAGUCAAAAUCUACAUCAACUUCCUCCUCCUCCUCCACCACCUCUUCAAGGCCAGAGUGUUUUUCAAUUGACUUCCUCACAAGGGAAUACUCAUGAAAGAGGGCAUCCUUCUCAUGCCCCCCCACCCCCGCUGCCACAUUACUCUUCUAGUUCUUUGACGUCUGGUCAGUGUGGGUCCUCUGUGAACCCUAUGCGGGAACAUUCCUAUCAACAGUCAAUGACACCAGGGCUGCCACUCCCUCCCGCUCCACCCUCUACAGUCCCACCUCUUCCACCAUCUUCACCAUCAUCAAAUUUUCUGUCAGUGAGAGAUGGAAAUCAAAGCCAGAAGGGACUCCCCAAUGAGGAAAAUUUGGAGUUAGACUGUCCACCUCUUGGGAAGUCCAUGGGUGAUCCAAAGGUUCAGUUUCAACACACUGAAAGUGAAUCCAAAGUGGGAUCAGUGGAUGCUGAGGCUGCUAAUUCCCACACUGAUUCUGAUAUGGACAUGGAAGAUGAUAUCACCUACCCUGAUGAGGAGAAAAAGAAUUGCCCAUAUGUUAAUUCAAAUGAUGAGUGUGGUCCAAUGUCUCAAGAAGAUUAUACAGCAGAGAAACUACAACUGCUGCAGCAUACCAGCAGACAUGGACUUUCUGAAAUUUCAGUACAUGGAACUUUAUUGUUUUCUGAAGCCUCUGUAGCACAUGCCAAAGAAGGAGGCUCUGAAGUUGCAUCUGAUUGUAACUUACCCGUCACCAUGAAGGUAUUUUCUAGAGCUGAGUUAGGCAAGCCAGGAAACGGACAAAAAGAAAUCUCCUUGGAUGCUAGCGUAAACAAGUCACCUUCCGAGAAUAAAUAUUUUGGUGAAUCUGGUGGACCAGUUAUUCAUCCAGAACCUGGUUAUGGGGAACUUCCUGGUCAGGCCAUGAAUGAUGCAAAUCCUGCCAAAAUCGUACAGGGUUAUUCUUCUAACAGUACUUCUGAAAACGAGGAAGGAAAUCUUGAAGACGUCAGCCUUCCAUCUACAAGUGAUGCAACUACAAAUUAUUAUGCUGAGAAGGGGCAUGAUGUUGGGUCAGAAGAUAGUUGUAAGAGUCUAUCAAAGUCUAAUAAGCACGUACUCCCUGAGUCUGUUAAUAGAUCACCAAUUAAUGUGAUGCAAGCUGAUAAGUUGGAUAUUACAACUGGGGUUGUAUCUAAACUUUCUGAUAGAAGCCAUAAAGGCCAAAAAUCUGUCAGCAGCGGUACUUAUACAGCACGUCAGUCAAAAGAUUCUUUGAGAAAUUAUGAUGAAAGUGUUGGUAUUGAGGAUGCCAAUGCACACAAGCCAGAUACGAAAGCUGAAAAACCAAAGGUAGAUGAAUUUGGUAGAUUGAUUAGGGAAAAUGUUAGUGACAGUGACCUGAGUGAUUCACCGCGUCAUGUGCGGAGGCAUGCAAGAAGAACUAGAAAAAGGAGUCGAAGUCAAAGCAGAAGUCGAUCUCCUUAUGAUAGGAGGAGGAGGAGGAGAAGUCCAUGGAGGAGAAAAGAGAGGUGUGACCGAUCUCGCAGUUUGUCUCCAAGGAGAAGAAGUAGGAGUCGGUCACCUGUUUUAAGGCGUGAUACUGAAUUCAGUGGAGAUAAACUGAGACGGGAGAAGGUUCAACCUGCAGUAUGCUUUGACUUUCUCCAAGGAAAGUGUUACCGUGGAGCGGCUUGUCGUUAUUCACACCAUGAAUCAGGCAAGGGUGAGAGAUCUAGGUACAGUAGGGGCAAACAUCAUAAUUGGGAUGCUCCACCUACUAUACGGAGUCCCGACUUUCAAGAGGAGGGUAAGGUUCUCACUGAAAAAGAAGUAAAUGAUAAGGGUAGGAGACUUUCUCAAGAUGUGCCUGCUUUGUGGGAAGCAAAAGAUGCAAAAGGACUGCCAGUUGAUUCCACUAGCCAGUCUCCUGGAAAAAUAGAUAUCCUUUCAGGUUAUCCUGCUGAUGACAUACCAGCAGGUAAACACAAUUAUCUGAUUCCAGAUACGGCAGCAAAGCACUCUGACAAGAUCCCUCAAAUCCUUGAUCAACAAGUUACAAGGACAGAUGACAAUUUGCCCUCCGAGUCUUCACUUGCGCAUGUAUUAGCUGGCGCACAAACCCAUCAUCCAGCCGAAAGACAGGACCCUAGUGGUCAACUUAGGUCUGUUGAAAGUCAUUUGCCAAUACCGUAUUACAAUCAAGGAGUCCCAUCCUGGUCCUUCAAUCCACCAAUUGGCAAUCAUCCUUCUCAAUUAUCCAUUCCUUUGCCUUCAGCAUCUCAGCCUGUGAGUGCUUCAUUUGAUCCACCUAUCUUGCAAAAUUACAACUCAAAUCCACCUACUUCACAGAACCAUUUGACUCCUAAAAAUUACUCCAGUUAUGAAGCACCAGUAACUUACCAGCACUCUCAUUUUCCUGGUCCAUUAAAAUCUGUAUCAAGCUUGCCUCUUCCACCUCCACCUCUACCUCCUCCUCCACCACCACCACCACCACCAGCAGCAGCAGCCUCUCUAGAGUAUAGCACUCCUUCACAACACUCUCAUACAUCUUUGAGAAACCAUCAAACUGAAAUGCCUAAUCGAUCUCAGAUUGGUGAGUAUCAGGCAUACUCCUUUGCCCGAGAACCUGAUCAAAUGCGACAUAGAACUGAUGGUUCUGGAUCAAGCUGUUUGCUAGUGAGCAGUCUGACAAGUCGAGCGGGUGGUCCCCGCAUGAUGGGUGAAGGUCAUUUAUCUGGAGAACCAGCACAGGGCAUUAGUUCUUCAAAAUCAUUUACUCGGGCUCAAACUAGUCCGUUAUCAAGGCAGUCUGCAUUUAAGGAAAUCCAAAGUUCUCUUGGUGCAGGUAUUUCUGCUGACAGUAAUUCUUCUCAUAGUCAUUCUUAUUUCCAGCAGGCUUAUGGCAUGCGAUAUUCUGCUGCUGGUGGUGUCCCAUCAAAACUUCCUGAGCCUGGGAUGAUGAGUAUCUCUGCUUCUAGAAUCACUCAAGAUUUUCUUGAAAGGAACCGCUCUUAUGUGCAUUGCUUGGUUGGGUCACAAAUUUCAAAUAAUUUCAAUCCUUAUGCAUCAACUUUUGAUCUGCCCCUGAGCUCCAAACUGAGUUCAAACACUUUGGUACGGGAAAAUGAUGCAACCACCAAUGCUACAGAUGUCACCCCAGUUGGUUUAAGCUCAGCCUCAGUUGAUCCACAUAGAACUCAAUGUGUUGGCUCAACAAAUAUGAUGUCUUCUAGUUCUGUAAUGCCACCUGAGAGUGUUUCAAGAGCAGUCAGUGAUCAGUAUGAUCCACUAUUUGAUAGUAUUGAACAAUACUCAAAUUCAACUAGUAAAGCUGAUCGUCUGAAACAUGAAAUUACUGGUGAUUCUGAUGACCUGAAGUUUCAUGAGUCCAGAGGGUCGUUAAAUAUGGAGGCUAUCAAGCAGGAAAGGGAAACAGCUGUAUCAGCUGAUGAUUCUUUAGAAAAAGAAGAAUGUGGGGAGACAGCUGAUGUGGCCGUGGGUCCUGUCCUGAACAGUGACCCUAGUACUCCUAAUGAUGCACUUGACAUGAAUGUAGGAGAAUUUGAGAUUGAUCAGGUUAAGAGUUCUGGAAAAAACAAGAAAAGCAAGGAGAAGUCCACGAAACUUUUUAAGAUUUCCAUUGCUGCUUUUGUGAAGGAUGCUCUAAAGCCGUCAUGGCGGCAGGGUAAUAUGAGCAAGGAGGCAUUUAAGACCAUUGUCAAGAAAACUGUUGAUAAAGUAUCUGGAGCUAUGAAAAGUCACCAAGUACCCAAAUCCCAGGCAAAAAUAAAUCACUACAUUGAUUCUUCAAGAGGAAAAUUAACAAAGCUUGUCAUGGGAUAUAUUGACAAAUAUGUUAAGGUGUAAGAUCUGACUGGAGUCUGCAUCAAAGGUUUGACUUGCCUGCCUGGACCCUAAAUCAUGCCCCAGAUUUGCAGGAUUAAGAUGACUAGGCCUUUUAAUUGCAUUGUUCGAAAAGGAGUUCUGGUGGCUUUAAGAAGAUUUGUAGACCGGAGUACUUUGGUCAAUUAAAUCAAACAUCUCCAACAAUUCUAAAGCCUACUGCAGUGCAAAUAUCAGAAUGCUGAUAUGAAUGUAAAUUUAGCUGUAAGUGAUGGGGGAGUUGCCAAAAUUUGUACCUAAUGCAUUCCUUUAGAGCUUGGUCUUCUAAAUUUUUGGUUAUACCUUAAUCUGUGUCGGUUUGUCUUUCAUGAGAUAUUUAUUGUUUAGCUUUCUUGCUUUAGUAAUGUACAUUAUCUAUUACACAAUCUCGUUAAAGAAAUUUCUAACUCUCAGUAUUCUUCCCUCUCCACUGUCCUAGCUGUCACAUUGUCAUCCAUUUUCUUUUUACUCUGUCCACCAGUGUCAGUAUACGCAUAGUCUGAUUCUGUUUACACAUCUGCUUUCUGAUUGAGGCUUUGCUGUUGCAACUUGUGGCUCAAGGUGCUUAAAGGGCUAGCGCCAAACCACUAGUUCGGGUUUAUGAGGUUAGAUAUGCUACCUUUCACAUUGGGAAACUGUAUCCAGAGAGAGUAUACUGAUAUAGACAGCUGAAGAAUGUACCUCUUUUAAAUUUGAGAUACAAUUUUAAUUUCUUAGGUUUGAAGUUAGAAUUAUAUCCAGUUCUAUGUUAUAAAUUUCGUUUGUAAUAUUUCAUCAUGUUUAGGCAUUAAAGAUUUUUACUUUUAUUUACCAAGGAUUUUUGUAAUAUUCUUAUUUCUGUUUUUUUAGCAAGAUCAUUAGUGAAUACAGGUUGAGAUAUUUACCAA